AUGGUUGAUUCAGCACACUUUACUCCUCACACAAUAGAAGAAACGCGUCCACCACCAUACAAAAAAACCAUUAAAAACGCGGGAAAGGUGCUAGACCAUAUCAAAAAUGGAAGUGUCGGGAAACCUUCUCGUCACGCGAAGACUUCAAUCACAUACUACGACUAUCGCGACGGUCUCAUAUCCGAUCCAACACACAUCUAUGAUUCAGCGACUAUCGCAGCCCUGCGUCAUGUUCCAGAAGAUGUACAGCAAAGGCUUAUUCUUGUGGAAGAUCUUUCUAAUCCCAUGAUAGACAUAUUGGGCGAAAACUUCAGCAUCAAUCCCGAGUUCUUCGAAGAGCAUUUGCUGAAUUCUGGCUAUGCCGGCGGAAAAUAUGACAGUCCACCGGCUCGAAACUGGAGCACAUCAUCAUUUGAGAAAUCCUACAGAUCAUUCAGGUGGAUUCGACCAGUUUAUCGACUUCCAACGUACUUCUCAAGCCCUGACCUUGAAGAUCUGCUUCUUGAGGACAGCGUAACACAUUUUACUCGAAAGAAGUCUGUUACGACGGGAAUCCUCACGAAUAUAUUCCGGUUAGAGUGGGGUCUGUGGACCGACCCCGCAACGACAUCGAUGAUGAAAAGAGUGUGUGGGUUAGAGGAGAGAGUGUCAAUUUGGAAAAAGAAGCUCAUUGAUCAAAACACUGAGAUUGUAAUCGUACUUCUUGACCCUUUGCCGGAGAUAUCUGAGAUACAUCAUUACUGGGCAUCAACUGGUUCUCAGCAAGAAAAUGACGAGAAUAAGUACAAGGAUGAAAAGGAGAAGAAGGACGAUGAUGACGACGAUGAUGAUACGUCGCCCCGCCCCUCCAAAGAGCUGGGUCAAUACUGGGCAUCAACUGGUCCUCUGGGAGAGAAUGGCGAAAAUGAUGGUGUUGACGCGUCGCACUACUCCUCCACGAGACGGAGUGGAUACUGGACAUCCAUUAAUUCUCAGGAUUCUCAGGGAGGGAAUGGCGAGAAUGAUACCGAUAGUUCGUUACGCCACUCCGUGGGACAAAGUCAUUACCGGGCAUCAUCUAGUUCUCGAGAAGAGAACGGCGGGAAUUAUGAUGGUGAUGCAUCAAACCACUCCUCCAGGGAAAGGAGUCAAUACUGGACACCACGUGGUUCCCAGGGCGAGAAUGGUGAGAAUAAUGGUGAUGAUGCGUCGCAUUACUCCUCCACGAGACGGAGUGGAUACUGGACAUCCACCAAUUCUCAGGAUUCUCAGGGAGGGAAUUGCGGGAAUGAUACCGAUAGUUCGUUACGCCACUCCGUGGGACAAAGUCAUUACCGGGCAUCAUCUGGUUCUCGGGGAGAGAACGGCGAGAAUGAUACCGAUAGUUCGUUACGCCACUCCGUGGGACAAAGCCAUUACCGGGCAUCAUCUGGUUCUCGGGGAGAGAACGGCGAGAAUGAUACCGAUAGUUCGUUGCGCCACUCCGUGGGACAAAGCCAUUACCGGGCAUCAUCUGGUUCUCGGGAAGAGAACGGCGAGAAUGAUACCGAUAGUUCGUUGCGCCACUCCGUGGGACAAAGCCAUUACCGGGCAUCAUCUAGUUCUCAGGAAGAGAACGGCGGGAAUGAUGAUGGAGAUGCGUCGCACUACUCCUCCAUUGAACAAAGGAUUUUCGAAGAGUUUAUCAUGGACGAAGAGCAACCACAACGUGUCAGGGAUGAAACUUCGUUUGCUAGGGCACUGGGCUGGAUCCUUGGCAGAGAAAUCCGAAAAAAAUUCAGACCUAGACAGAAGCUCGAAGUACUGGAUUAUAUCGUUGAGGAGAAGAAGAAGAAGAGGAAGCCCGACGUACUGAAUAAAGUUAUCAUUGAGCAGAUAGCUCCUCGCCAACCCGUCUCAGCCGACCUAGACUGCGUAUUUCGAAUGUCGCAGUCGAUGGCAGAUUUGCAAGCAAAACUCCAGGAGACCAAGUCGACCAAAUCAGGGAUCUGUGAAGCUCUCAGGAUGCACCAGGGGCCUGUUAGUCUACUCAGGCCGUUGGUCCAAAUCAUCCAACAAGACACCAUGACCCUUCUCAACCAGCUGCGACAGGUUCUGGACGAAAUAGAUAUCGAAAUUCUAGAUGAUAUCAUGAUGGAGGAUAGAUUAAGCUUAUGGCGACAGAUCAUCAAUCGUGCUCAGCGAGAGCUUCCAGAGCUGAGAUAUUCCAUGGAGCCUUUUAUUGAGUUUCUCACGAAAAUCAAUCCUCUAAGCUCUCCCCGGGAGGUUGCAGUCAUGGAACUGGAAGCUAUGCAAGAUAUCCAUGAACUUUGGAAGAACAUCGAUCACAUCGUUGUUCGGCUUGAAAGAACAUCAGCGUCUUUGACUUCCAAUAUGGGUCUUCUGGAGAGUCGACGCUCGAUUGACGAGGCUCAUGCUGUGGCAAGACUCACUGAACUCGCAUUCAUUUUUGUCCCCAUGUCUUUCGCUGCGUCUGUUUUUGGCAUGCAAGUCCAACCAUUUGCAAAUCCAGUUCCUAUUAGUAACUUCUUUGUUGUGGCUGUUGUCGUAACAUCAUUUGCUUAUUUGAUGCGUAUGACUAUGCGCAGUCAUUGGCUGAUUGCUCUCAAAGCAGCCGUGAGAAAUGAUGUCAGGAAAUAUGCAGCGAGGAAUGGUCAACCUGUGCAACCCCGAGGGCUUCCGAUGCUCCUGAUCUUUCGGUCAAUAGCAAGUCGACUAGGUACCAUCGUUGCUGGUAUUUGUAAAUGGCUUGCACAAAGAACCCGUUCAGUGGCCGAAAAGGUCUGGGCUGUGUUUGGCUUCAUAAUAAGCUUCGUUUUGUUGAAUGGCGUUGCAUCGGCGAUACCAAUCGGGUUGCUCUGGACCCGCGAUCUUGAGUCAGAUGUCCGGAUUGCUGUCAGUAUUCCUAUCGUUUUCAUUGUUAUAGCCACUGUGGGGGUUUCUUUCUGGCUCAAAUCCAAACCAAAGUUCCGGAGCGCAUUACCAGACCUGAUCAUGGACAGAGUGCGCCGGGCACCUUCGUGGCUUGGAGUAGCCGUGAUAUAUUUAAUCUUGACUGCAGUAUUUAUUGUGGUGCCUUUGGCACUCAUCUGGACACGCCCGCUAGCUACUGGCAUCAAGAGCGGGCUGACUGUGGGCAUUGUGAUGACGAUGGUUAUAAUUAUGCUAUCUCUCAUCGCUUUUGGUGUUACGGGGCGAUAUCGAAUGCUGCGAUUUCAUAGCUAG